AUGGCUAUGCCAGACAGCCUUAGCAAGGGCAACAUCAUCGACCUGGCUGAUUACUUGAAAGGCUGUGCUGUGACUCUGUUCCUACCCCAGUCCAAGCCUAAUCUGCUGGAAAAACCAAGACCUCUCAAGCACCUCAGUGAAGACAUUGUGGCGGAAAGUUGCUGGAGAGGUGCCUGCUCCACCUGGGCAACCUCUCUUGCCAGCAGUAUCGUCCAAGGAAAUGAUCAGGUCAAAAAGACUGAUGAAGAGGGUGAGACAGACGAGCAUGACAGAGGCACAGAUAUUGUUGAUCAUGUAUCAGCUUCAGGUGGCGAUAGCAACACCAAGGACAGUGGUGCAAGCCAAUCUGCGGGUAUGGGAAGUAGUAGCAGCAAAGGUUGCAAUGAGGCACAAAAGAAUGGUGAUGUCAGUGGAGGUGGUGCUGAGGGAUCUGCAGGUGCAGGUGGUAGUGGCGAGGAUGGCAGGAAACAGAAUGAUAAGGUUGUGGGGGAAGAUGAUAUACCGGGUCUGGAGAACAGUGAUGGCGAUGACGACAAGGACAAUAAUGCCUUGGAUGCCAAUCCAGAGGCAGCAGGACACGAAGAGGUGGAAGAGGUAGUCGCGGAGGUGGAAGAGGCGGUUGCAGUAGAGCAGAAGAAGCGUAAAGUAGGAGAGAACAAUGGAGGGGAGGGACAAAACAAAUGUCGAAAAAAGUCCGAACCAAAGCCGCAGGAAGUGGAGCCAGUGCUAUGUCACAGUGGAAGAAGCAGCCAGAAAGACAAGAACACUGCACCCAAAGAAGAGUAA